AAGAGGUGGAGGGAUGUUAAACCUUGGGGCUCUUCUGUGGGCGCAUCCUGGCGAGAUUCUGAGACUUGGUUGGCUCUCUUUUGGGACUGGCUGGCGGUGGCUAAGACUGGGACUUGAAAGAACUGGUUUGCUGUGAGCACCGAGGUUGUUACUAGGAGGGAGGAAGGCAUUAUAAACACUUGAGUUUUGGAGGGGUAGAGAUAGGGUGAAGGGCCACAGUCUGAGCCAUGAAGAAGAUCUUCAAGGGUCACUCGCCUUGGGGCUUUCUGAGCUUUAGGCAUGCUGAGAACCAAGAACCUCCCAGGUACCUCACUGGGUACAUGCCUGUGAAAAGGAUCCACAAAGCUGCAAGCGUGGGGGACAUACCCCAAGUGCAGAAGAUGCUCGAAUUUGGGGAUAUUGACGUGAACGUUACAGACCGGAAGAAAAGGACUGCUCUGCACUAUGCCUGUGCUCAUGGCCAGUCAGAAAUGGUGAGCCUCUUGCUGUGGUAUGACUGCAACAUCGAAGCCCGAGACCGAGAGGAAAGUACAGCUCUGAUCAAGGCCACACAGCGCCAGCACGAGAUCUGUGUGAAGAUCCUUCUAGAAAACGGUGCUGACUCCAACGCCGUCGAUAUCCAUCAGAACACCUCCCUCCACUACACGGUCUACAACAAGGACACCAGCAUAGCCGCCAAGCUUCUGGCAUUCAAUGCAGACACCGAAAUUAAGACAAAGAAUGGCUACACACCGCUUAUACUUGCGGUGCUAGAAAACAAACAGGAGAUGGUGGAACUCUUACUGCAGGCUGCAGCCAACAUAAACGCCCUGGAUAACUGCAAGAGGUCCGCCCUUAUACAUGCUGUGAGAACUCAGUCUAAAAACAUGAUCAGCCUUCUUCUCCAGCAAGGCGCCAAUGCAUCUUUGGUGGACAUCUAUGGAGCUACUGCACAAAGUUACGCUGUCUUUGAAACCUUUCAAGUGCUUUCCCAAGGCCCUGGUCCCAGACCUGAGCUAACAACAAAAGAGGCCAGACACAAUUUUGAUACCAAGGAUGACCUUGUACCAUGUUCACCCCCCUUCAAGGAAGACAACAAAAGGAUGGAGGAAAACAGAGAUGCAGUUGACAAGCUGGGGAGCCAAACUGCUUCAAAACACAAAGGAAAGGAACUUGAAAUGUGUGCAGAUGGCAAUUCAGAAGUAGAUGCAUGUCCUGAAUGCUACUCUAAAACAAGCUUUGCCCACAGACCUAAUAACUCUGAGCCCAUAGAAGUAGAAGACGAACCUAGCUUGAAUACCAAGCCUCCUGUGGUCCAGUCUCCCAUGCUCACGGAGUCCAACCUCUGGGCUGGCUAUCCAGCAGAUUGGCCUGAACCCAUUAAGUUCUCCAGGCAGCCAGCAGUCUACAACCCAACUGAAUGGAGGGAAGACAUGGAAUCCCGAUCAGUUCCUCUAGAGAGCAAACAGCAGGCUGCAGUCUUGCCGGGAAAGGAGGCAAGCGUACAGACACAGCAGCAGCAGGCCAGGGCUUUCAAGGCGCCUGGUGCCAAGGAUCCUGACCUUCCAUCAAGAGAGAAUGCUAAGGAUGAAUUGGUGUCACUUUUAGCCCCUCUAGAGGAAAAAAAGCCACAAAUGAAAGAAUUUCCAGUAACUGAAGCUGCCAAGUUCCAGACAGAUGUCAAGCUGGAGAGAGAAGGUGUUUUAGAAUUUGAAGAAAAAGGACUUGAAAUUUGCCAAGACAGCAAUCUAGAAGCAGCUGAAAGUACUGAGUCCUAUUCAAUACUAAGGUUCGCCAAACCUGACGUUGGUGACCCAGAGCCCACAGCAAGAAAGGAUGAAUUUAAGUCUGAAACAAAGGACGAGGAUAGGUUAGAGAGGCAUCCUCUGGCACCCAGAGCGUCCCAGCAUCAAGCCAAGCAGACGAGCCCUCCACCUGUACAACUUCAAGAAAGAUCUCAGGGGCCAGAGAUGGACACGGCUUCUGAUGAGGACGAUACAUCUGGACUUUCAAAAUCCGCUAAGGGCCAAAUGCUUGGGGGAAAGUUGACAUUAGGAGAAAACCCGGAGGGUAAAGAAACUGUACAAUGUGUCAUUAACAAGCCAACGCAGAAGGGUGAUGAGUUCUAUGAAGAUGUCAACGCUAAUGUUUACCUCAAGGAAGAGCGACCACCUGAUGUCUCAGGAAAAACUCACCUGACGUCGGACCCCACGACCCUGGCCUACAAUAUGUUUGAUUGUGGCGACAGAGAUGUGAGCGCUGCGCUGGUCUCUGUAGCACUACAGACCUCUCCCAGACAGGAGGAAGGUGGCCUUGGAAAUGCCUUUCCAUCUCCCUCGUCCUCUCAGGACGUGGACUACAGUGGCCAGUCACUUACUAAGUUUCCCUUAAUGAGAAAUAAAUUAGACUGUGAAAAUAACGCAUCUGAAUUGGAAGAAUCUUUUCACAAAAGAAAAGAGAAAUCUUCUAAAAACAUUGAAAGCAGAAAGGUAAAAGGUAAGUGCCCAGAAGUACGUAUGGGUGAAAAGCAAGAAGGCCAUGAGUUCAAGAGCCAGUCGCAAAAAACUAUGAAACCAAAACGCACCGACUGGCAGUUAGAUAUCAAACACAUGCUGAAGUCCAGUGAUGCCAACAGGCUUUCAAACGCCAAAGAAAGGAGUCACGUGAGCGAAGUAAAAAGUUGGGGUGAUUCUGCCCUUGUAAGCGACAUGUACAGGAAAAGUAAAGGCACACAGGACCUGUUCCUGAAGCCACUGUCCUGCAAGGGCAAUUUUGAAGCCCCAGCGCGCACCUUGGGAACCGCCAGUGACGCGCCCCCUGGUGGCCCAACAACUAGAGCUUUCGCGGAUGAAGAACUGCGAGACAGGCUGUCCGACAGUGAGUUCCGGAUAUUGGAGGAAGAGAUCCUGGCCUGGGAGAAAGUCCACCUUGAAAACGAGAGUGUCUCUGAGAAUCUGCUAAACAAGUGUGAGGGGAUUAUAUCUGAUGCCACAGAUCAACAAGGGCGAUCUCUAGAUAUGGAACAGGCAACAGAAGUGGACUCGGAGGGGACAUCACAGCUGGAACAAAAGAAUCUUGACAGCAGUGGGAAUACUCAGCCGUCGAAUCCAGACCCCUCAAAGAUGUGCCCACAAGCACAGAGCACACCUGCAGAGCCAACCAUGCUGAUCCAGCCCCUGUCUGAGGAGGAGAGCAAGCAGGCUCACCCCCCAUCUUUGCAUCUCAAAAAAAUGUCUGAAGAUCUCGAAAUAAACACGAAAUCUGACAAAGAAUGUGCGCCAGGACAUCCAGAAGUUCCUUCAGUGAAAGCGCAUGGGAGAGAGUCUCUCACUGGAGACACAACAGGGAAGAACAGAGAGCCAAAGCGCAGCAGCCCUGAGCUGCAGCACACAGCGGCGGGUGGGCUGGAAAGCAUUUGUCCUGUGGAGGAACCACUUCCGGGGGACUGUAGAAGAAGUCACUUCAAGGUUGAAGAAGGAAGCAGGAAGCAGCAGUGGAUGGAACUGGAAGUCUCAGAGCUGUCACCUGCUGACAAGAAAGAAGAACCUGCUAGGAGUGUUCCUGACUCGUGUAUAAAAGACGCACAGGACAGUGAGAAGGAAGCCUGGAGCCCCCAGGAGCCUGUGGUCACACCGGAAUUUGAGAAGUCCCCUCCAGCAGGCGCUGAUCUGCUACUGCUGAAGGAUGGUCACCUUCUCACUAAAAUGGAUCGGGUUGAAGGAAGGCUGACAAAGAGAGAAGCUAAAGAAAAGCACAAGACGAAAUCCCAAGUAUAUGAAAUGGAAGAAGCUAGCCAUGGAAGCGAGCCUCGUGCGCCAGCCUCAGGCUGGGGUUCUGACAGCCCAUUGAAGCUCUGGAACACGACUCACUCAGAUGAAAGACUGAUAGAGCUGAAGAAUAGUCACUGUGAGCUGCUUCCAAGAAAACCUGGAAAAAUGGGAACUAUGAGAGAACAGACAAAAAUUAAAAAAAUAAAAACCUGGUCACAGCAUAAAGAAGUGGCAUGGGACAAGCUCUGCGCUCUGAGGUUCCCCUUAAAACAAGAUGAGAAACAAGAGAAUGCUGAGUUUACGUUUCAACAAAAGAAGCCGCAGUUACAAAGGGAAAAGGAGCAAUGUGGUGGGAGUGUGGAGUGGACUCAGCACUCUGAAAUCAGGACAGUGAUCGCAGAACUGAAGGCCCUAGAGAAGGAUCUGAGGCAGUUGCAGGAAGCACAAGAUCAACUCACACAGACAGUACAGAGCUCUAAGAAGAUUCGAGCCAUCUUGCAAAGGCUUGAAUUUCGACUUUCCAAAUUAAAAAUUACACUGAAAGAGCAAUCAGCAAAAAUUGAACAAUUUCAGAAUCAUCUACUGCAAGGAGGUCUGCUUGGAGAUGAGACAAAGAAACUCAUCCAUCAAACACAGUCUUUAGAACAUACUUUGAAAAAACAGAUGAGUAAAGAUGAGGAAUUACUGGCAGAGCUAACGAGAUUUAAGAAACUCUUUGAGGAGACAAGAAAGAAGUUAAAUAAACAUGAAGGCGGAGAGCUUGGUGGUCCUGGAGAUUUAAAAACCAGCCAAUUUGAUAUGCAUAUUCCAAUUAAUAUGCUAAGGCAUGAGUUCCACAAUCUGAAAGAAAGUUGGGAGACUACAUAUUACAAAUACCUACACAUGGUCGUAAAACUUCAGUUUAUCGAGCAGGAGCUAAUAGGGAUCAAAACAGAACAGAAGAAGUAUGGACACCUGCUCGAGAACCAGAAGAACUUGGAAGAAGAAGUGCUCCACUUGAAAAGCUGGAUGCGGGAGAGCGAGAUCCAAGCAAGAGAUCAGAACAACAUCGAAAAUUUAAGAGACACCAACGAUACAGCAAUGAUAAGCCAGAUGGAUCUCAGAAUUAAAAACAUGGAAUCUCAGCUAGCCACGCGGGGAGCUCAGCGACAGCUCCUGGAAGAGGGAUGCUCGGACAUCAGCACCGCCAUGCAGAAGAGGGUAGUCUGGCCCAGCCCGUGAGAAUGGAGCCGGGUGAGCAAGCCAAACAGAGUCCAGGGAAAUAGCAAAGCUCGUUGGUUUGUCUCUGCUGCAGGGUGCAGACCUCACAGCUGACUCGGAGUUGGGAAAUGAAUGUGCACUUGAACUGCUGUUCGAGGAGGCCUUGGCUUCUUCCCCUUGUCAGUCUGGAUUUCUGUGGCCUUUUACCCUCUAAUGUUCCCAUGUAGCUAACCUGAUUAGUAUUAUAACGCUUUCUAAAUAUGGCCUU